AUGAGUGAAUCAAUGAAUGUGUAUACAGAUGCAAUGAAGAAAUGGAUUGGGACGCUCGAGAAAAAAGAAGAGAAAAUCAACCGCGUCAGAAAAACAGUUAGCCCGGUCUUGGACGAUUUUGACUAUUCGAAACCGGACACAGAAGAGGAACUGGAACGUUGGAUUGAGAAUGUGAAAAAGAUGCAGAUGUACAUUGACGAGAUCCCAGAAGUGUUGAAUCAGCUGAAGAAACUCACAGGACAUCUUGAGAAAGAAGAUGAAGACCUUGUUGAGAAUAUUUUAGGUAGAUAUGAUGAACAUUAUACCGCGAAGAACCUCGAGAACUUUGAGAACAUCCAGGACAAGAUGAGGCAGUUAAAAAUCAGUCCAGAGAUGAUGGCCCGCCAAGGAUUACGGCUUGAAGACGGCAUCAUAAAGUGGGACUUGGAGUUAUCACAUGGCAGGAGAACCAAACGGGAAAGCGAAGAGAAGAGAGGUAAGGGAACCGGACGUGGAAGAACCCCCCAGGAAGAGGUGCCCGACGGACAGGGACGGGUCGGUGUCCCACCUGCUCAUUCGCAGGUGUCUUCUGAAGAAAGUGAUGGAGAAGUUGAGUUGGAGGUAGAAUUGGAAGGCGAACGCAAAAGAUUCACCCAGGAAGAGGUGCCCGACAGACAGGGACGCGUCGAUGGCCAACCUACUCACUCAAAAGCGGAAGACCUCAGGUAUGGAGCAGAGAAGUUCUGGGAAGGUAGAAGCGGAAGAAAGGAAAAGCAUCAGAAGGCAAUUGAGAACGCAACUUACACAACACGACAACCCGAAGAUAUCGACGUUGAAGAUCAAUUCCUGAAGCCGACAUCAUGGAACAAACACCAUGAUGAGAUGGAUUUGAGAACACGAAGAUUGAGUAAGUCUCUGCGGAGCAACGAAAUCAAGUCUCUGAGGAGCAAAUGCGACAAGUCUCUGCGGAGCAACCAAAUGAAGUCUCUGAGGAGCAAUAGAAGAACGGAUAGCUUGGAGAGCACCGAGUCAGAGGAAGAUGUGGCUAGGAUGAAGGGAAGGACCCCGAGCAGAAAGGCGAGGUUCAGAUCAUAUAGUACAUCAAGUGAAAGCGGAAGAGACCGCAAGUCGAUUGUGUUGAGGAGAAGGGCCGAGAGUCGAUGGGCAAGGUCUGGAUCAAGCAGUCGAGAUGGCGAAGAGGAUCGUCAUGUGGAAUACCGAAGAUUGAAAAGGGAAACCAGUGAUUGGAGAGGAAAUCAGCGUGGUAACUCAAGUAAAUCGAGGUAUGGAUCAAGCAGUCGAGAUGGCGAAGAGGAUCGUCAUGUGGAAUAUCCAAGAUUGAAAAGGGAAACCAGUGAUUCGAGAGGACAUCAGCGUGGUAACUCAAGUAAAUCAAGGACGAACGAAAGGAGACGUUUGGAAGGACAGAGCCUGCGGACACGUUGCUAUCGCAGGUGUAGUUCAAGCGAAUCAAGUUCAGAAUCAGAGUCCGAUGGAGGAUCUGAUAGCAGUACGUCGCAAGGUAGCCGACGAUGGAAAAGAUCGCAGAAUCGUGCUUCACAAGGUAAGAGAAGACGAAAUAGAUCAUUUAGAGACAGUUCACCGGACGAACGAAGUCGACAUGGACGGAAUCGACGUGAGAAAGAGAAGAAAACCACUCUUAAGAAGUCAAGAAGACACUCAUCGUCGAGUUCAUCAACAGAUAACGAUUAUGGAAGACGCCAUGAAGGAAGAGAAUUGGAUACACUGUGCUUGUAUUCAGCAUUUGAGAAAGGGAAAUUACGAUGUCGAUGUCUGCAGUUUGAGAAACAUUCACAUAGGAAAUCGCCGAAUGUGACAGAAUCGAUGAUCCCAAAGUUAUACGAAAAGAAUUACACUGGAUGGAAGAGAUUUAUUGUCCAGUAUAACUCAUUGAUUGGAUUGAAUCCCAACUACUUGCCCAUGCAAAAGAAUGCAUUUUUGAGAGGAAGAUUGGGAAGAGACGAAACCAGAAUUGUAGAAUCGCUGGAUCCUGGAAUGGAAUCGUUGAGAAGAACAUUGAAGUCGCUGGAAAGACACUUUAGCACGACCAAGACGAGUACGAUGAAGAUGUUAAUGGAUUUGUUCGAUCUCCCGACAAUGUACCCAGCAUAUGAAACGCCGAAGAAUAUUCUGAGAUAUUAUGAAGCUGUGCUUAGGCUGAAAGAUGCCAGAUAUGAUAUGCACGAUGAGUCUUUAUUUGAUGCAUUUUUUAGGAUUUUGCCUGAAGAUCAAGCCAAUGUAUUGGAGUUUUGUCAUGGUUACGACAGAGCAUAUGACCGUGGAGCGGACCAUUUUGCACAGUGGGCCCACGAUGUUAUUGUUCAGAGAAUGAAGAGGCGAAGAUUUGAAAAUUACCGAAGAGAAUCAUUUGGCACUGUUUCAGAAAAUUCAGAAGAUGAAAGAAGACCCUUUGAGAACGAUGAUGUCCGAAGGAGAAUGGAGAAGAAAGAGUCAGAGCCGAUCAGGAACGACAGAGAACAUAAGCAGGCUAUAAGAUGCUACUUUUGCCAAGGAAAGCACAACGGAAGGAUGUGCGGGAUCCAUUACUCAGCAUAUUUGAGAAGAAAAAGAAUUCAACAGCUGAAAGCAUGUGAGAAAUGUUUGAUGAACCAUUCAGGGAGUUGUGAUGCUGAGAAAUGUGAGAGAUGUGGAGAAGAUCACCACAAAUUGAUAUGUGUAUCGCCUAGAAGGAGAGACAUUGAAACUCAGAGGAACCAAGGAGCAAUUGUUAUGAUGGUAAGUGAUGAGAAGGUUGAUUGCGAGAAACCAGAUGAGCUGAAUGAAAAGAAUUUUGAUGAAGUACCAGGAAAGUUUGAGAAACCUUUUGAGAACUCCGUGCAAAGAAGAAUACAUCGUCAAGAGUUAUAUCCGAUAGAAAUUGAGAAAAGUGAUGAUGAUUUGAAGAAUUUCGAUGUGGAUAUUGAGAAUGAGAAUCUCGAGAAUAAGUUUGAUGUAUUCAGAGCACAGAAGAUUUUUGGCCGCCGGCAGGGUCCGCGACGAGUCGCAGAGACACUUUGUGUCAUGACUGAUAGCUACGCAGUGAGAAAGAAGUACGUGAAAGAUGAUGUAAUUAUCUUUUUUGAUAAUGAAAUUGAAGAGAGAAGCGCCAACGAAAUGUUUUUGAGAAAGAAGAAGAAGAGGAAGAGGUACACCUUGAAGAAGAACAAGAGAGCUCAUUAUGAUGUGAUCCACCCAUUGGAGAAUUUUAUGACAUUGAUUCAACCAGAUGUGACGAAGAUUAUUGUAGUCUUGAUUUUGACCGAAUUGGAAGAUGACGCAGUAGAGGGAUCAAACAAUGUCAUAGAACCUUACAUGUUUAUGAUGAGAGAGAAUUUGAAAGUAGACAUGUUUCAAACUGAUAAUGAUGAAAGAUUGGGAUGUGAAUUGAGAAGGACAACUGAGGAACUGAAGUAUGAUGAUUCUGCCAUCGAUGUGAUCAAAUGUAUGAAUGAAGAAAGAUGCAAACUUGAUAGCUUUGGACAAAGGAUGAUUGAUCGAUGGACAGAAUGGAUGAACGGAACGAAGAAGAAGCACUUUGUACUUGGGCGGGCAAUGUCAGAUUCCACGGAACCUGGAGUUAUCCACGAUGUGUCAACUCGAUGGAAUUUAUGGAGAGAGAGAGAUGUCCCCUGUGUCAACUGUUUCCCCAGUUGUUUUUCCCCGAUGUUCGAGAAUGUUCGAUGGAGAGAUCCCGAAGCGGAGAGCCUGAAUCACGACACCGUAACCUUCUCCGAGGUUUUAUCCCAUCUUGAUCAGAUAUUUUUUAUGGGUUGUUGUUGUGUCGAGUUGUUGUAG